UCCUGUACCUCCCUGGCUGUCUCUGUUGUCUCUCAGACGAAUGUUUACCUCCAUUUAAUCAGAGUGAUAUUAAAACUGUUGUACGUUUCCUGUGUUGCUCCACCUCUUUCUGCUCGACGGGUGAGGUUUUGUCAUCUUUCAGGUUUGGCCUGAUCAGUGAAAUACCUUGGACUCAAGGUGAGUUCAGUGUGUAUUAAAGAUUUGUCAGGGCACAUCGUCAUUACUGAAGCUGUUUUACUUAUUUUUAUGUGUCGUAUGUUGGAGUUUGUAUGACGCCCUAACAGUCAGACAACAAACAAACAAAAGAGGUUCAUACGACACAUGCAACAACACACCUGUAUGUACCUGCAGAUCAGCAGGCUCAUCAGACUCUCUGCAGUCUGUCUUCAAGCCCACAACGAGCCCAACAUCAAUUCAGGACAAAGUUUACAGUGUGGAAAGUCAAAAUUAUUUUCAAUUUUUAAUUAUUUUAUUUUAUUGUCUUUUUUAAACGUUUCACUUUAAUUACACCAACAGAGAGCUCCAUUUGACAACGAGUGAAACUUACUGAGUGAAGCUCAGGUGUUGUGUUAACACUGAAUUAUAGCAGUCAUUCUUGUCCACUGGGGGGCGUCCUGCCUCCACCUCUGCUGCUUUAACUCUCAGUAGAGUCUCUUUCUCACACAGGCUGCGUGAUGAAGAUCGUUAACUUCAUCUGUUAGUCCUCGAGCCGCACUCACGCUCUUCCUGUCAGUUUUCCUCUCCAUCCGGACCAGGACUAUGCUGUCCCUCCGCGGACCUAAAAGCAGCUCUUCGACCGGAGAACUUGCUGGGACCCUCAGACUCGCAUCAGUCUGGACUCGGCUGGUCUGGUGAGCCCAGGAGCCUCCCGCGUGGCCUGUGACGCAGGAGCGCCGCGCCGCGCCGCCACGCGCAGCGCACUGUGGAGAGAGAGUGAUGCGCGUCUUCUGUCAGCACUCGAGUCUGAGGUGAACACGUCUUCUCUGUGGUGACCGGCCGAAGUGCUGAUCUGAGAGCGAGCAGUGCAGUCUGUGGGAGGACAGGGACGCGGACUCCGGAGCUGAGCGGCGGGAGUCGACCCGACACCUGCAGGUGAUCCCGAGCGUCAGAAAGCUGCUGUGUGAGGACCAGGAACAGCUCCGUUCUGUACAUCACUGCGGGGACUGGAAAAGUGGAUUUGGAUUUAAUUUGAUUCAUUUUUCUUUAAUGGAUGCUGAUCCAGAAUCGGAUCGAGUCUCUGUGGAGGAAUUUGGUGGAAAAUGUUUGCGUGAUGUGACAAACAGCUGGAGGCAGAAAACAUCUGUCUGACCCGCGACACUGACAGUGGAAACACCUGCUCCUGCAGCGGGGAGAAAAGAUUUCUGGAAGAAUGUGAAGCUGGAGCUGCUGAGACCCUGAAGCUCCGCCUCCUCUGCUGCCUCAGACAGCUAUGUCCAACACAGGAACCUGUACUGCAGGAAAACCUCGGGGUCAGUGUUCAUAGGUGGGACUGCCUGCCGUGGUUGACCCUGCCCUGGGUGACGGGAGACUCCAUGGUCUGGCUCGUGCUGUCCUCGCCACACCGCCGCUGCACCCUCCUGCCCAAUCAUAUCACGCUUCCUUUCCCUGCAGCUCGACUCACUGCAAAAUGGCGAGGGGUUUCAAGCCCCCGAGUGUCACCUGCUUCCUCUCUCUGCUGAUGUUUAAGAGCUGCUGGCUACUAGGCGCUGCUUCCCAGAGGCCCGCCGUGUUGACAGACUCCCAGCAGCCCCAGCAGGAGUAUGCUCACUCCAUCCGGCUGGAUGGCGACAUCAUUCUGGGCGGAUUGUUUCCUGUGCAUGCUCGUGGCGAGAGGGGCGUUCCCUGUGGUGAGCUGAAGAAGGAGAAGGGUAUCCACCGGUUGGAGGCCAUGCUGUUCGCCAUCGACCUCAUCAACAAGGACCCGGAGCUGCUGCCCAACAUGACGCUUGGGGCUCGUAUCCUGGACACGUGUUCGCGUGACACCUACGCCUUGGAGCAGUCGCUGACCUUCGUCCAGGCGCUCAUAGAAAGGGACGGCUCCGAUGUCCGCUGUGCCAACGGAGACCCGCCCAUCUUCGCCAAGCCGGAUAAAGUGGUGGGCGUCAUCGGGGCGUCGGCCAGCUCCGUGUCCAUCAUGGUGGCCAACAUCCUGCGACUCUUCAAGAUUCCUCAGAUCAGCUACGCCUCGACGGCUCCGGAGCUCAGCGACAACACGCGCUACGACUUCUUCUCCCGCGUGGUUCCUCCGGACUCCUACCAAGCUCAGGCCAUGCUGGACAUCGUCACGGCGAUGGGCUGGAACUACGUGUCCACGCUCGCCUCCGAGGGAAACUACGGAGAGAGCGGCGUCGAGGCCUUCGUCCAGAUCUCCAGAGAGUCAGGUGGAGUUUGUAUCGCUCAGUCUCUGAAGGUUCCUCGAGAGCCGAGACCCGGAGAGUUUGACAAGAUCGUCUUACGUCUGCUGGAGACGCCUAACGCCCGCGCUGUCAUCAUGUUCGCAAACGAGGACGAUAUCCGGCGGAUCUUGGAUGCGGCGAAACGCAACAACCUGACAGGUCACUUCCUGUGGGUGGGCUCCGACAGCUGGGGCUCCAAGAUCUCACCGGUGGUCCAGCAGGAGCGGGUGGCUGAGGGCGCCAUCACCAUCCUCCCGAAGAGGGCGUCCGUGGACGCGUUUGAUCGAUACUUCAAGAGCCGCUCUCUGUCCAACAACCGCAGGAACGUCUGGUUUGCUGAGUUCUGGGAGGAAAACUUCGCCUGCAAGCUGGGGAUGCACGGCAAGAGACCCGGCAGCCCCAAGAAGUGCACAGGGUUGGAGAAAGUUGGCCGCGACUCCACCUACGAGCAGGAGGGGAAGGUUCAGUUUGUGAUGGACGCCGUGUACGCCAUGGCCCACGCUCUGCACCACAUGCACCGCGAGCUCUGCGCCGGGUUCCCGGGCCUGUGCCCCCGAAUGGCCAACAUCGACGGCAAGGAGCUGCUGGCCCACAUCCGUGCCGUCAGCUUCAACGGAAGCGCAGGGACUCCGGUCACCUUUAACGAGAACGGCGACGCUCCGGGACGCUACGACAUCUUCCAGUAUCAGAUCAACAACAGGUCGACGGCAGAGUACAAGGUCAUCGGACACUGGACCAAUCAGCUGCAUCUAAACAUGGAGGCCCUGCAGUGGACCGCCGGCGACUCCUCCCUGCCGGCCUCCGUGUGCAGCCUGCCCUGCCGGACCGGCGAGAGGAAGAAGGUGGUGAAGGGCGUCCCGUGCUGCUGGCACUGCGAACGCUGCGAGGGAUACCACUUCCAGGCCAGCGAGUUCACCUGCGAGCUCUGUCCCUACGAGAAGAGACCCAACCAGAACCGAACAGCCUGCCAGCCCAUCCCCAUCAUCAAGCUGGAGUGGCACUCGCCCUGGGCGCUGCUGCCCGUCUUCAUCUCCGUGCUGGGCAUCGUCGCCACCACCUUUGUCAUUGCCACCUUCAUCCGCUACAAUGACACGCCGAUUGUUCGCGCGUCAGGGCGGGAGAUGAGCUACGUGCUGCUGACGGGGAUCUUCCUGUGUUACAUCAUCACCUUCCCCAUGAUCGCUGCACCCGAUAUUGUCGUCUGCACCUUCCGCCGCAUCUUUCUGGGCCUCGGCAUGUGCUUCAGCUAUUCGGCGCUGCUCACCAAGACCAACCGCAUCCACCGCAUCUUUGAGCAGGGAAAGAAGGCGGUGACGGCUCCACGGUUCAUCUCACCAGCCUCCCAGCUGGUCAUCACCUUCUCGCUCAUCUCAGUUCAGCUCCUGGGUGUCCUCGUGUGGUUCGCCGCCGACCCGCCACACACCUUUGUGGACUACGGCGAGCAGCGAACGCAGGAUCCGGAGAAUGCUCGCGGUGUCCUGAAGUGCGACAUCUCUGACCUGUCGCUCAUCUGCUCACUGGGAUACAGCAUCCUCUUGAUGGUCACAUGCACUGUGUACGCCAUCAAGACGCGCAGCGUGCCUGAGACCUUCAACGAGGCCAAACCCAUUGGAUUUACAAUGUACACGACCUGCAUCAUCUGGCUCGCCUUCAUCCCCAUCUUCUUCGGCACGGCUCAGUCAGCAGAGCGGAUGUACAUCCAGACGGCCACGCUGACCAUCUCCCUCAGCCUCAGCGCCUCCGUCUCUCUGGGAAUGCUCUACAUGCCGAAGGUCUACAUCAUCAUCUUCCACCCCGAGCAGAACGUCCCCAAGCGCAAACGCAGCUUCAAGGCCAUCGUCACCGCCGCCACCAUGACCAGCAAGCUGUCGCAGCUGGCUGCCGAGCGGCCCAACGGCGAGGUGAAGACGGAGCUGUGCGAGGGCGUCGAGGCCAGCGUGCCACCAACAAAAAACACCUACGUCAGCUACACCAACCACGCCAUGUGAAAGACGACGUCCUGGGACAAUCGCCGAGGAGAAUCUCACUCAGAGGAGACGUCAUCGGAGGUGAACAGUGUGAAGGACCGGGACCGGGACCGGGACCGGGACCAGGACCAGUGCUGAACUGGACCAACACAUCUGUGGUGUUUUCAUGUUUACAGACUGCAGGAAACGAGCCUGAACGGGGCCAAAAGCCUGACAGGAUCACGAGUCAAACUCAUCCGAGAGACUGCGGGGAGGCAGGUGGACGGUAACCGGGAAAACAAACAAACAAACAAACAAAAAAUUAAAACAAGCAUUCAAAAAGAAAAACAAAAAAGAAAUUGUGGGGACCAACCAUAUUUGUUGUUAUUCUAAUUGUACGUUUAAAAAAAAAACAAAAAACUUGUGAUUGUGAAAAUUUCUGAUUCUUGUCUCAUGUCGUCCAUCCGUUGAGCUGCGUUAUGAGAUGAUCUGUCGCUGUUCUCGGCUAACCGAGCGCUAGUUUUUGGUUGUGAAACGUCUAAAUGCUAUGGUCGAAUUGAAGCAUGCCCGUUUUUAUACAAAUGAUCUAUUUAUAAUAAAGGAAAGUUUCACA